AUGGUAGCUGAUUUUAACGCUGUCAAAUCACCUAGCUUCCUCACAAUGAUCAACACCACCCUUGGCAGUGGGCAUGUAAUUCCCAGCUGCGAUGAGUUAAAAGGGUGGAUCCUUGAGGAUGUGGUAAAAGAGAUGCAAAAUUAUGUGAAAGAGAUAAAAAAUUCUUGGGAAAUUACUGGUUGCAGCAUCAUAUUAGAUGGUUGGGUAGAUGAGAACGGUCGAGACCUUGUCAAUGUUUUAGUGAAUUGCCCAAAUGGUGCAGUUUAUCUUAGAUCGUUUGAUAUUUCAGCUUUUGUUGGGGACAUCGUUGCCAUGCUAUUGUUCCUGGAUAGGGUUUUGAAGGAAGUUGCGGUUGAGAAUGUGGUUCAAAUUAUUACAUAUUCGACAUCAGCCUUCAUGAAAGAAGUGGGAAAGCAGCUGACACACAAGCAUAGGCAUGUUUUCUGGAUAAGAGAUAUUGGAGAAGGCCAAAAUGAUAACAAGAUUUGUUCAGAAACAUUUGAGUGCCUGAAACUUCUGAGAGCUUAUAAUCGGGUAGAUAAACUUUUAGAGCCUUCCAAGAUUAAGUCGACAGUGCCCUACUUAACACUCGAGAAUAUUGUAUUGGAGAAGAAGGGUUUGAAAAACAUGUUCGCUUCAUCAGAUUGGAAAACCUCAGAUCUGUCAGAUUCCGUCGAGGGGAAAAGAGUCGCUUGCUUGGUAGAAGAUCCUACUUUCUGGAAUGGGGCAUUAAUGGUUUUGAAGGCAGCUAUUCCUAUAGUGCGGCUGUUAUGCUUGAUAUACAAUAACAAUAAGCCUCAAAUUGAUCUUAUUGUUGACACACUAAAACGACUACUGCGCGAAACACUUAUAUACGAAACAGUUGAUCAAGCCAAGGAAACAAUCAAAGAGGGGUUCAAAAACAAUAAAUACCAGUAUAUGCCAUUUUGGGAAGCAAUAGACGAGAUUUGGAACGAGCAUCUCCACAACCCACUUCAUUCUGCUGGUUACUAUUUUAAUCCAUUUCUAUUUUAUUCAAAUGAUUCCUACUCCGAUCCGGAGGUUUCCUAUGGUAUGGGCUAUUGUGUCGUCAAGAUGCCAAGAGAUCACCGAGAUCAAAAUUUGAUCAUGGAGCAGGUUGUUGAGUAUUCAAAGGCAGUGCGUUCUUUCAGUGAAGGAAGUGAACCUGAAUGGCUAUCAGAUGUUUCGCAGCUUUCACCAGUGUAUCCUUACCUUCAUGCUCUAAUGGCAGUACUCUGGUGGACAAAAUACCAAGAAAAAUACCCUCAGUUGCAACAACUAGAUAUUCGAAUUCUUAGCCAGACUUGUGAGGGAGCAUCAAAUUUAAGCUUAAAAGGAGUUUGGCCGAGAUGCUACCCACCGAGGGAAUGA